AUGACACGGGUGUUUUGGAGCUUUUAUCCUUGCAUUAGAGCAUUUAGGAACUGCAAACCAAUCGUCCAAAUAGAUGGCACACAUCUGUAUGGCAAAUACAAAGGAGCUCUCUUAGUUGCAGUUUCUCAAGAUGGCAAUGGCAAUAUUAUGCCUCUUGCAUUUGCCGUUGUUGAGUGUGAGACUUCUGAUGCACGACACUUCUUUCUUACUCAUUUGCGCAUACAUGUGGUAACGCGGGAUGGUAUUGGGCUUAUCUCUGAUCGACACAACUCUAUUACCUCAGCAAUAGCACGUAGUAACGGAUCAUGGGAGCCUCCAAGAGCUAUCCGCAUGUUUUGUGUUAGGCACAUAGCAUCCAACUUCUUAAGGAAUUUCAAGGCACCGACUGUGCGUGAAUUUAAUGUGCAGUAUGCAAGAUUACGUGAGCGUGGUGAGGCUUACACUAAGUGGCUCGAUCGGAUCCCACAUCAGCAAUAUGCUUUGGCGUUCGAUAAUGGAUAUCGCUGGGGUUAUAUGACCACAAACCUAGUUGAGUGCAUCAAUGGGGUAUUAAAGGGGGCGGGAAAUCUUCCAAUUACAUCACUUGUCAAGGCAACUUUUUACAGGCUAAAUGAAUUGUUCACUAGGAAGAGGGCUGAGGCUGAGGCUCGACUGAAUGCGGGACAUGUAUUCUCUGAAUAUGCAAUCAACAAACUUCAAUUAAAUCAGCAGGCAGCGGGAAACAUCCAAGUUAACUUGUUUGAUAGGCAAAACGAGGUAUUUGAGGUGCGCGAGAUGCCCAGCAGUUUAGAGCAUGCGGUGAAUCUCCGUCAACGGCAUUGUGAUUGUGGUGAGUUUCAGACAUAUCGAAUUCCUUGUUGUCAUGUCUUUGCGUGUUGUGCGAACCAACGACUUGAUUGGCAACAAUAUGUUCAUGACGUGAUAGUGUAG